UUGCAUGCGAGAGGCACGGGGUUCGAUCCCCCGCAUCUCCAACCAAGCCUCCGUCUUUUACGUUUUUUUCGCGGGUUUUUAUUGUGGCUCCAUAUUUUAUGGCGGCUUCGAACAACAUAGAAAAUUGCCCAGAAAAGUCCCUCCUGCAGUUGAUCUAAACAGGUUCUCGUAAAGCAACGAUUAUGUUUGUCACUAAAAUUUCGCGUCUUGGAGCUCAUUUGAUCAAGGGUUUAACGACAGGUCAUACAUCUACUCCGAAAGCACCACAUGCACGUCUUUUGCACUAUCGCCCUUGGCAGCAUCUGAAUCACCAAUAUUUUUCUAGCACGGCUGCCGGUAAAGCUCAGGAGGGAGGGGAUGAAGAGGAGGAAAAAAUAUCAGUGACAUUUGUUGACAAAGAUGGAGAGGAGACGCAUAUUAAGGUUCCAGUUGGGAUGUCUAUGUUGGAAGCUGCGCAUGAAAAUGACAUAGAACUUGAAGGAGCAUGCGAAGGAUCACUUGCCUGUUCCACUUGUCAUGUGAUUUUGAUGGACAUGGAGUACUACAAUAAACUAGACGAUCCAACUGAUGAGGAGAACGACAUGUUAGAUCUUGCUUUCGGUCUUACAGAGACGUCUCGUCUAGGUUGCCAAGUGAUUGCUACACCUGAACUUGAUGGGCUCCGCUUAGCACUUCCUUCUGCAACUAGAAAUUUUGCUGUUGAUGGAUUCAAGCCAAAACCACAUUAAGUUCUAUCAUUCACAAACUCUCAGGAAAUGCCUUCAGAGUGCUGGCGAUGCGGCUAUCCCAUUUUUAUAACAUCUCAUUUGGAUGAUAGGUCAUUGACCCAGUGACCUUAUAACCAUGUUUGUAACAUCGGUAUUGAUAGCAUUAUCGUUCACUUGCGUUUAUUCAUAGAAUCUUGUAUUUUCGUAGGUUUUAACUGCAUAAAAGGUGAGCAGCUUGUUUGCUGACAUUUGCUUAGAAGGCCAUUUGUUGCACUUUCUGCUAUUUUCUGCUGUUAGACCAGAGAUUGUAUUCAAAUGUUACGGCAUAAGUUUCAGGGGAAUAUUCAUUGAGUUUUGCUA